UCCAGGGGCAGAGCUAUGCCAGGGCUGCCGGGGCGGGGCAGGGGGCCCGGGGCCCCAGCUCGCUUCUCGAUCCAUUCUCUAUGGGACAAUCCAGGAUCUCCAGGCUCUGAGCCGGAGAGGGGACUGGGCCCUCCCCAGCACAGGACCAUGGCAAACAGUAACAUGAAGCAACAGCUAGUGAAUGGGAUUCGGGACAAGGUGCUGACUAUGGACACCAUGAACCAAUCCGUGAAAAAUGUGGAGUAUGCCGUGAGAGGGCCCAUCUUGUUGCGGGCUAUGGAGCUGGAGAGAGAGCUGAAACAGGGUGUGAAGAAGCCCUUUACAGAGAUUAUCCGGGCCAAUAUUGGAGACGCCCAUGCUAUGGGCCAGAAGCCAAUCACUUUUAUACGCCAGGUUUUGGCCCUCUGCCAGUACCCGGAUCUCCUGAGCAGCCCAUCUUUCCCAGAAGAUGCCAAGAAACAGGCAAUGAGAAUCUUACAGGCCUGUGAGGGCCAGAGUGCAGGUGCUUACAGUGCCAGUUCUGGCAUCCAUUUGAUUCGAGAAGAUGUGGCCAGGUACAUUGAGCAGCGUGAUGGGGGCAUUGCUUCUGACCCUGAGAACAUCUUUCUGUCCACAGGAGCCAGCACAGCCAUCAUGGUAGUGCUGAAUCUGUUGGUGUCAGGCAAAGGCAAGAGUAGGACAGGAGUCAUGAUUCCUAUUCCCCAAUACCCAUUGUAUUCAGCCACCCUGGCUGAAUUUGAUGCUGUCCAGAUCAACUACUACUUGGAUGAGGAGCAUCAGUGGGCACUAGAUGUGUCUGAGUUGCAAAGGGCACUAGAUCAGGCCAAAGCUCACUGCCAGCCUCGGGUCCUGUGUGUCAUCAAUCCUGGCAACCCCACAGGGCAGGUCCAGAGCCGUGAGAACAUCGAAGCUGUCAUAAGAUUUGCCUAUGAGAAACAUCUCUUCCUGCUGGCUGAUGAGGUUUACCAGGACAACAUAUAUGCUGAGGGAUCCCAGUUUCACUCAUUCAAGAAGGUGCUGAUGGAGAUGGGCCCACCCUAUUCCCAGCAGCUUGAGCUUGCUUCCUUCCACUCCUGCUCUAAAGGCUACAUGGGCGAGUGUGGGUUCCGAGGGGGCUACACAGAAGUGGUGAAUAUGGACCCUUCAGUAAAGCAGCAGAUGACAAAACUGAUGUCAGUUCGGCUGUGCCCACCUGUACCAGGGCAAAUUAUCAUGGACAUAGUGACGAAUCCCCCCAAACCUGGGGAUCCCUCUUAUCAGCAAUUCCAUCAGGAGAAGACGGCUGUGCUAGCAGACCUGGCAGAGAAGGCCCUGCUCACAGAGAAGAUUUUAAACAAGACCCCUGGCAUCCACUGUAACCCAGUGCAAGGGGCCAUGUACUCUUUCCCCCGCAUCCAGCUACCCCCCAAAGCAGUGCAGCAUGCAAAGGAGCUGGGCCAACCUGCUGAUAUGUUCUUCUGCUUACAACUCCUGGAGGAGACUGGUAUCUGCGUGGUGCCUGGUAGUGGCUUUGGUCAGAAGGAUGGCACUUACCACUUCAGGAUGACUAUUCUUCCCUCUCUGGAGAAGCUGAAGAUCCUUCUAGAGAAACUGAGCCAAUUUUAUACCAAGUUUAUUCAGGAAUAUUCCUAAUGGACAGAGACUGAAGGGAAAAGAGGGGAGGAAGACUACUCCUGCUCCUCCAUUGUCUAGUCCAUCUCUGGAAAUAGGUCUUGGGCCCCUACCUGUCUGUUUCCCUCCUUCCCUGUGACUCCCUCUCCCUGCCCUGGGAGCUGUUGGGGAAAGGCUGAGAAAUACAAGAUGGUGGACAGUGCACAAGGGUAUCCGGACAGACUUAGAGAGGGAUGUGGUGCCCAGCAUCUCUCUGAGGGUCCCAAAGGGGGAGAACCAUAGGUAUUCCUGGGAGGUACCAGGGCUGAGGGAGUGCGUCCCUAGGCCCCUAUUAUGGGGCAUCUUAAUAAAGAUAUUGGAGAUGUUCUGUUGCCCCUACUUCUUAGGAAGGAUGAGAAAGGGGUAUGAGACUUUGUGGCUCCUGAGUGCCAUGUAUGUGCCUGGGCUUGGGACCCCUGGAUAAUGGGGCAAAACCAUACAGAGUACAUCCAGGAGCCUGACCUCCCAUCACUCAGCCUGAGCAUCAUCAAUCCCCACCUCCCACCAGUUCCUUGGAGGCUGCCUCUCUGUUAGGUUUCCACUGUGCCCCCAACUAUCCCUGGCUCCAUACCCUCCUUGUGGGCUUCUGUCAGGCUGUUGAUGCAGCUUCAGAGCCCCUCUCCUCCCAGACUCCUUGAUUUCCCACAACUGUAUAUCUCAAGUCCCCACAGGAUAGAGACAUGGGCAGCCUCCCAUGGUCCUUCAGGGUGAGGAACAAGCCAGUUCCAAAAUCUAAUUCAGCCAUCAUUUAUAAAUAGUCUCCCAUGGAAGGAGCCUGGUGAUUAAGGCUCAGGAGGCAAAGAUUACAUGAGGCAGGGGGCAGCUAGGUGGUGCAGUGGAUAAAGCACCGGCCCUGGAUUCAGGAGUACCUGAGUUCAAAUCCGGCCUCAGACACUUGAAACUUACUAGCUGUGUGACCCUGGGCAAGUCACUUAACCCCCAUUGCCCCGCCCCCCCCAAAGAUUACAUGAGACGUCCCCCCCAACCCCCAUCUCCCCCCACACAGAGUCCACAGUGUAGUGGAGAAAUGAAAUGUCUGCUGAGAAAUAGUGGCAUAGCAGGACAAUGUCAAGGACUACCUGGACAAGAGAAUGUCAGGUAGAAGUGACUUCCCAAUGACCAACAAGAGAUAGUUGUGUGAGGUAUGGGAAGGAGGGAGAGUGGCUUUGGCCACCUUGGGCUCCCAUCCCGGCUCUUCCCUUUAGUGCCUGUGGGACCUCUGGCUUCCCUGGACCUCGGCUUGUUCAGCUGUAAGAAGAGGGAAUUGUACUAGAUCAUCUAAGGUUCCUUCAGACCCCCCCCAUCCUGGAACCCUGAGUCAGCCUUCUCUGGAUCUGCUCCUUCUGGGGCACCUUUGCCCUUCAGUUUCAGGGCUUUCACCUUUCACUGCUAUUGGAACUUUUUAUAACUGAACCCCACCCAGAGAUCUCUGAGCUUCUGACAUGCCUGCCUCAGCCACUCACCCCCAGCCUACUCGAUGCCCUGGGUUCUGAUCAGCUACAGCAACACUGCAACCCUUGUCCUGCAGGCUCCAUAGCCUAGCUCCUCUUUCCCUUGAGUCACCUUAGCUUGUUCCCCACCCCAGAACAAAAGCUGAGUGUCUUCUAGAGUUUGUUUAUGAGACCAAGGAAGAGCUCUUGUCUAGAAUCAACCAGAAUUCACUGGAGAAUGAUCAUUAGGUUCCUGGACAAAGAGAAAACGUCCCCCUCCCAGGCUUGGGGCAUUUAAAAGUAAAUAGUUCCUGGUGUCUACCUGGAGUCCUCUUGACUCCUUCCCUGCUUGAGGGGUCCAUUCCUUCAUGGCCUUGUGGUGUUUUCUGCUGUCUGCAGCCAUACAAUUUCCCCUGCCAAUCUGAGAUUGGUCCAUCUGCAUUGGCUCAGCUGAGCUCAUUGAUCUGGGAUAUAGUCCCCAGCUCCACAGCCAAUAUGGAAACCACCCCUUUGGGUUUUGUUUCUCCACCAAUGGUAGCAAGGACUCCCUGAGCCAGAUUCCUCCUUCCAUGCCUCUUUCCCUGUAGGACAAGCAAGAAUGGGGAAAUGUAACAAGUACAGAAAGAUUUCCUCAUUACCUCAAACACAAGAAUGACCUGACCUGGAAGAUUCUGGGGUCCACAUCUCACCUUAGAGUUCUUUUUUUUCUCCCCCAAUUUUAGUAUUUUUACUUGAAAAGUCAAACAUCAGGAAGCAGCAAGUGAAUUAUGUCUGAAUACUUAACAGGGAUCACUGAUUUGAUGUCUUCUGCAGUUAGUGAUGUCCUAAGAAGAAGCCAAUCAUAGACCUGGGACUGGGUCAACUUAUUCGUGUUACCAUUUAAUUUCCCCCAAAGCAGGGGAAUCCAUUUACUUGGAACUUUUGGUUUUGUUUUAUUUUUUUCUUAAAGCUUAUCCUAACAAUCACAAUGUUUGUGAUUUAUGCAAAAAGAUAAAGCAGUUGGUGGGGUAGGUGUUACAGAAUUUCAAAUUUGGAAGAAACUUCAGUGACUUUAUAAUUCAACCCAUAGUCAAAAAACAAACAAGGAUCUGUUACAACAUGCCCAACAAAUGGUUAUCCAACUUGUGCUUAACAGUUUCCAAAGAGGGAGGGGAGAACUUAGCACUACAACAGCAUUCCAUUAGUCUCUGUCUUCCCCUGUGAACUACUGAUGGCUAAGAAGUACAGAACCAACUAGUGUAUCCUCUUAGGAUUCUUUUUUUUUUUUUUUAGUGAGGCAAUUGGGGCCAAGUGACUUGCCCAGGGUCACACAGCUAGUGUUAAGUGUCUGAGGCCGGAUCCGAACCCAGGUACUCCCGACUCCAGGGCCGGUGCUUUAUCCACUGUGCCACCUAGCUGCCCCUCCUCUUAGGAUUCUAAAGAAAAUUAGAGACUUGGUUGAGGCAGUAGUGACAAUCUGGUCCAAACCCUGUUUAAACAAGAAUCUUCCACCAUGCUCCUACAAUCUCUUAGUGACUUCCAGUUGAAGAUACUUGGGCACCCCAUUCAACUUUGUUAAGUCGUUUUUCAGUCAUGUCUUACUGUGACUCCAUUUUUGUUUUUCUUGGCAGAGAUUUAGCUCAUUUUACAAAUGAGGAAACUGAGGCAAACAGGGUUAAGUGACUUGUCCAGGGUCACACAGCUAGUGUGUCUGAGGCCAGAUUUGAACCCCAGGGGAUAUCUUCCUGACUCCAGGCCUGGCACUCUAUCCACUUUGGACAACACUAAUUAUUAGCAAGUUUGGCUUAAAAUCACCCUAAAAUCCAUCUCUAUUUUCUACCUGUUACUCCCCAGAAUUUUACCCUUUAUUGACAAAGAGAACAAGUUUAAUUCCUCUUUUAUGGGACAGGCCUUAAAAUACUUGUAGGCAGUGAUCCUGUUUGCCCUAAGUCUUCUCUUCUCCAGGCUAACCAUCCCUAAUUCCUGCAUUUGGUCCUUAUAGGGCAUGUUCUCCAGUCAUCAUUUGAUGUUCUGUUCUGCCUCCUCUAUCUCCUCUUCUAUCCCUUAGCUGGUUGGCUACAGAAAGGCCUAUUCUGACCUCCUUAUUGCUGGUUUCAGGCAUAAUAAAGCUGAGUUGUCUCUUU